CGAGGCAGAAAUGGAGGAAGAUGGAAUAAUCAUGGCAGGGAAGAUGGACGAGGAGCUCGAUGACGACGGCCGCCCAAGGAGGACUGGAACUGUGUGGACAGCAAGCUCACAUAUCGUAACAGCAGUCAUCGGUUCUGGUGUGCUAUCCUUAGCGUGGGCGAUGGCGCAACUUGGUUGGAUAGCUGGACCUCUAGCUCUGGCGCUUUUCGCCCUCAUCACCGUCUACACUUCCAGUCUUCUAGCAGAUUGCUACAGGACUGAAGAUCCAAUAUCUGGGAUGAGAAACGUCACCUACAUGAGAGCAGUGAAAUCCAACUUAGGAGGAAAUAAGAUCUGGUUGUGCGGACUCUGCCAGUAUGUCAACCUCUUCGGAGUUUCCAUUGGUUAUACGAUUACCGCAGGCCUCAGUGCUGCGGCUGUGAGCAAAUCUAAUUGUUUCCACAAGAAAGGCCAAGAAGCAGCUUGCAGUAUCUCCACCAAUGUGUUCAUGGUCGGGUAUGGAAUCAUUCAGAUCUUCCUGUCCCAACUGCCCAACUUUCAUAAGCUAUGGUGGUUGUCCAUUGUUGCAGCAGUGAUGUCCUUUGCUUAUUCCUUCAUUGCUGUGGGUCUCUCGGCAGCCAGAAUCAUCUCAGGGAACACCAGAAAAACAUCCAUUACAGGUACGAUAGUUGGAGUGGAUGUCAGUGCAUCUCAGAAGGUAUGGAGCACUUUUCAGGCACUUGGAGAUAUAGCAUUUUCCUACUCAUAUUCCAUGAUCUUAAUUGAAAUCCAGGACACCCUAAGAUCUCCUCCUGCAGAGAACAAAGAAAUGAAGAAAGCAAGUUUAAUCGGUGUGGUGACAACCACUACAUUCUAUAUGCUUUGUGGUUGCCUAGGUUAUUCUGCAUUUGGGAACCAAGCUCCAGGAAACAUACUAACCGGAUUCGGAUUUUAUGAGCCAUACUGGCUAAUAGAUGUCGGUAAUGUCUGCAUAGUGGCACAUCUAGUUGGUGCUUACCAGGUGUACUGCCAGCCAUUGUUUGCUGCAGUAGAGACAUGGUUUGCUAGAAAGUGUCCUGGCUUACAAAUACUGACUCAUGAGCAUCCCAUCACAAUUAACAAAAACCUUGGCUGCAACAUUAACAUUUUCCGACUGCUGUGGAGGACAACCUUUGUGGUGAUAAGCACUGUUCUCGCAAUGCUGAUGCCCUUCUUCAAUGAUGUGCUUUCAUUACUUGGUGCUGUGGGAUUCUGGCCUCUAACAGUGUAUUUUCCCAUUGAGAUGUACAUUUCACGAAAUCAUAUUGCAAGGUCUUCACCCAAGUGGAUGCUGUUGCAAAGCUUAAGCUUCCUCUGCUUCCUUGUCUCCUUGGCUGCAGCUUGUGGUUCCAUUGAAGGGGUGGCACAGUCACUUCAACACUAUUCACCAUUCACGUCAAAAACAUAA